AUGCCUACGAUAUCUGUUUAUGAAGAAGAACUAAUAGAAAAAAUAGGAGAAAAUAUCAGUGAAAUAAAGUUAAAGGAUUUAUGUUUUGAUUUUGGUUUAGAAAUAGAUGAAGUUGAGUAUAAAAAUGAUAAAAAAAUUUAUAAGAUAGAAGUGCCAGCUAACAGAUAUGAUUUAAUAUGUAUAGAAGGAUUAGGUAGAUCAUUAAAAAAUUUUUUAGGAAAAUUUGAAAGCAUAAAUUAUGAACUACUAAAUAAUGAUAAAGAUUUAUGUUUGAAAGAAAAUCAGAUAAUAAGAGUUAAUGAAUCAGUUGAUGAGAGAAGAGGUUAUGUUGUGGGUUGUAUAUUAAAAAAUAUGAAUAUAAAGGAAAAUGUUUAUAAUAAUAUUAUUGAAUUGCAAGAGAAAUUACACCAUAAUAUUGGAAAGAAAAGAUCAAUAUUAGCAAUAGGAAUUCAUGAUUAUGAUAAAAUAAAGUUUCCAUUAGAAUAUAAAUUUGAAGAAAAAGAAAAAAUUAAUUUUAUACCUUUAAAUGAAAAAAAAAAUUUAAAUGGAAGUAAUUUGUUAAAUUUUUAUGAAGAUAACUUUAAUUUAAAACCAUAUUUAAAAAUUAUAAAAGAUUUAGAAAAAUAUCCUGUAAUUGUCGAUGCAGAUGAUAAAAUUAUAUCUUUACCUCCUAUUAUUAAUUGUGAUCAUACCAAAAUAACUCUAAACACAAAAAAUAUAUUUAUUGAGUGUACAGCAAUUGAUAAAAAUAAGGCAGAAAUAGCCUUAAAUAUUUUGUGUUCUAUGUUAUCAGAAUACUGUACACCUAAGUAUUCUAUUUAUUCCAUUGUGGUGAAAUAUAAUGAAAAACACCAGCUGGAAAAGGGGAAUUCAUAUUUAUAUCCAAUAUUUCAAAAAAAAAUGUUAAAAUGUGAUAUCGAUUAUGUUAGAAAAUUAUCUGGAAUUUCAAAUAUAACUGUGGAAUCCAUUGAGAAGCUAUUAAAAAAAAUGAUGAUACCUAUAAAAAUUAUUGAUGAAUUUUUUUUUAUUAUUGAAAUACCUUUUUAUAGAUCAGAUAUAAUGCAUUGUUGUGAUAUAAUUGAAGAUAUUGCAAUAGCUUAUGGUUAUGGAAAUAUAUUACAUCAAUAUAAUGAAUUUGCGAAAAAAAAUUUAUUAAACACAUGCUCUGAUUUAUUUAAAAAUGUAUUAGUGGAAUGCGGGUAUUCAGAAGUUAUGACAAACACCUUAUUAUCAAAAAAAGAGAAUUAUGAUUAUAUGUUGAGAAAUCAUAUGAAUUAUGAUGUUAAAAUUAAUAUUGAAGAGUAUAAUCCACUAGCACCUCCUGUUCAAAUAUUGAAUUCCAAAACAUCUGAAUACGAAAUUGUUAGAACAUCUUUAAUUGUAAAUUUAUUGAAAUUUUUGUCGGCAAAUAAACAUAGAGAAUUGCCAUUACGCUUUUUUGAAAUUGGUGAUGUAGCAUAUACAUCUUAUAAUACAACAGAUACUAAUGCAAUUAACAAAAGACACUUAUCAAUCAUAUUUGCUGAUAAGUUUACAGCAGGAUUAGAAGAAUUACAUGGAAUUUUAGAAACUGUUUUAAAAGAAUUUAAUUUAUUUAGUGAUUAUAAAAUAGAAGAAAAAAAAAAAGAAAAUAUUUAUGUUCGAUCAGAUAUUUUCUAUAAACUGGUACCAAAGAAGGAUUCCUCUUUUUUGAAUGAAAGAAUAGUUGAUAUUAUUUUAUAUCCAUUCAAUCUUAAAUUUGGUGUAUUGGGUAUAAUUCAUCCAAAAGUUUUAGAAAAUUUUACUAUUGAUAUACCUGUGUCUACUAUAGAAAUUAAUAUUGAGUCUUUGAUUAAUGUUUUAUCAAUGUGA